UCCAGAUAUUAAUGCCUCUUUUUCAAAUACAAGAAGCCAUUGCGCAGGCAGCCACCAGUUUCCCACACAAUGCCACGACUGAUGGGCCUUUGCUUUUCGGCGGCCCGAGGUCGCCACUCCCACGGCGACGUAUGCUCUUACGUAGCAGCCUUUAUGUGCGUUUUUCAACGACUAUUGUCCAAUCCAAUGCAAUUGUCGUAUGGUGCGUUAAAGUAUAUAUUUAUACAUGCAGCACACCAAGCAACGCUUCAUUUGUUUCCUUACCGCACGAAUCGAACCACCUUUUCCGGUGUCUCCGCCUGUGAAAUACAGUAUGGGGGAAUAGAUAGCGGGGUGAAAAGCCGUAAGACACAAAGGAGCUCAUCAGUAAGUCCGGGUGCUGUUAUAUCUGAGGCUGUGCACAGUCGGAGCAGCUGCAGAUUAAAAUGCAGGCUUUCUCUGCUUUACACCGGCUGGUGAGCGCAGUGUGCAGCCGGCCGGCGCUGCCACGCUGCGGGAUCUGCGGGACGGCGUCUGACACGCUCCAGCCAGGGUUCGGCUUGCUAUUUGAUAUCGAUGGCGUUCUUGUUCGUGGGCGGACGCCCAUUCCUGCAGCGAGGAAGGCCUUCCAGAAGCUCUUCAAUCCCCAGGGCCACUUCGUGGUGCCAGUGGUCUUUGUGACAAAUGCCGGGAAUUGUCUACGUCAGACCAAAGCAGACCAGCUCUCGCAUAUCCUGGGAGUGCCGAUCUCCCAGGAUCAGGUCAUGAUGUCACACAGUCCUCUGAGGAUGUUCAGGAAGUACCACGACAAGUGUGUGCUGGUGUCUGGACAAGGACCUGUGCUGGACAUCGCCAAAAAUUUGGGCUUUGAGAAGGUGCUGAGCAUCGGCAUGCUUCGAGAGUCGUUCCCCCUGCUGGAUGUGGUGGACCACAACCGGCGUCCUAAACUCCCGUCGUCUUCCAUUGCUAAUAUCCCCCAAAUUGAAGCCGUUAUUCUUUUCGGUGAGCCCAUUCGGUGGGAAACCAACCUGCAGCUUAUCAUUGACAUUCUUUUGACCAAUGGCAACCUGGGCCACGCCCACCAGAAUCUGAAGGUCCCCCAUCUUCCACUGUUGGCCUGCAACAUGGACCUCAUGUGGAUGGCAGAGGCUCACUCCCCACGGUUUGGUCACGGAGCCUUCCUUGUUUGCCUGGAGAACAUCUACAAGAAGAUAACGGGCAAAGAACUGAAGUACGAGGCCCUAGUGGGCAAGCCCAGCGAGCUGACGUACCAGUAUGCCGAAUACCUAAUCCGAGAGCAAGCCUCGGAGAGGAACUGGAGCCGGCCCAUUCGGUCCCUCUAUGCCAUCGGGGACAACCUCAUGACUGACAUCUAUGGUGCUAAUCUGUACAACCGCUACCUCGAAGAGCGGCUCGCCAGGAAGAAGAGGAAGGCAGUGGCCAAGAUGGCCACCGUCACGGGCUCCUCGGGCAUGCUGUCUCAGGAGGAUGACCUGGAUGGGCCUUGGGAGAGAGAGCUGGCCGCUCCCUCUGCCACCAGCUGCAAGUCCAUGCUGGUGUGCACUGGCGUCUACAAUCCCCACGCGGAGCUGCUGUCCGACGGAGGCCGGAAGUCGCAGCAGGCUGCCUUCCACGGGCACCGUGACUUCCAGUUUGACCCGGUUCUGGUGGAGCCAGGGUAUAUCGUGCGGGACGUGGAUGAGGCUGUGGAACUCAUCUUCGAGCAGGAGAAGUUUGUGGCCCAGUAGCUCCAGAUCACACUUUAUAAUGGAUCAAGACCAGCGAGAUCAUUUGAGCCUUUCCAUAGCUUAGAUGGAUAAAAAGCCAUGUGUUGGAUUUGUUCAGUGUAUUCCAGAAGGGAUAUAAGAAACAAAGACCGACUGUCAUUUAGACACAAGAUUUCAGACAUUUAGGAAACUCUGAAGAAAGCAUUUUUAACGAUACAGUAGUGUAUGCUGUGUUUAAAAAUCCCCUAUUGUUUCAGUCUUAAGAUUUGUUAUAUUGACAAAAGACACAUUUACAAAAGAUCUUUGACUACAAAAUUUUAUUAGGUAGCUAGAUACAGAGUAGAUAUAAUUAUGGUUGUUAAUGUUAAAGCUAAAAUAAUAUUUUACAAAAUAAUGUUAAAAUUAUCUUUACUAGUACUCUAAUUUUUAAAAUUACCUGUUUAUGUAAAUGAGAGUAUUUUUUUCCCAUGCAUUUUAUUUCCAAUAAUUUCUGAGAGCUGCUCUGUAAUGGGCAGGGAACCAGUCACAGUGGCGUUUUGGUUGGUUGAUGGGAGCUAAUUGCUUCCGUUUUUAAAGUCUUUCACAAUCCAAAAAUUAACAAAGGAGAGUGAGUUACAUGGGCAGCUACACAAUUAAGGACUUCACACUGUACUGUACUGCACUGCACUGAGAAGAGCUGGCUUUUGUAUAUGUGUUUAUAGACUGGGUACCUGCAUUGAUCUGCCAGUACGGUUUUUUUUCCAGUGGGAUGUUAUGGUACAAUCCGCUGUAGUUCACGCGGUGGUGCGUUAUACCCAUUGGUUGCGUUUUAAUUGCGCUACAUUAAUUGAACAACAAGCACUCGUGCCACAUUACAAGGCUGAAGCCAAGUAACACUGAAUAAGAUGCAGUAUUAAUUUAUCCGUUACGUCUUUAGUAAUAGUUGUGGUCAUCCUGCCCGUUGCCUCUGUUUCCGAAAACGAGGAGGGCAACGUGCAGAUUUUAAUAACCCUGCCUGUGGGUGUGGAGAUAAAGCAAUGCAGAGUGCCUCGGACACCAGGCAACUGUUAUGGUAGACAUGUACAAAUAUGAAAAUUACAUUUUGAUAAUAGAAUAUAAAUGUUUCAUUAGUGUAAUUUCGGUGCGGUUUCUUUGCUCUGUAUUUACAAUUACAGCGAUCGAAUUAAAAAAUAAGUUUUAAAAGAGACGUCUGAAAUCUGGAUGGGAGGAUAACAUCCACACACGCAGCACCGGUUCCGAAACGUAAUCCUGCGUUAAUGUUUAUGCAAAUUUUGUACAGUAAAGAACAGUAAAAGAAA